AUGGUCCGUCUCAAAGGCGCUGUUAUAAACGUCACCGUCAUUUCCGUCUACGCACCAACACUGAAUGCAGCGGAGGAGGACAAGGACAUCUUCUACCGCGACCUAAAAGCAGUUGUAGAUCGUACAACUUCCACUAAUCUUCUAGUGGUGGCAGGGGAUUGGAACACUCGCACAGGACCGGCGGAUGAGGGCACCAGACAUGUUCUAGGUCGAUUCGCCCUCGGAACACGGUGUGACAAUGGCGACCGCCUAGUCAACUUUACGGUCGCUAAUCGUCUUGUGGUGACUAACACUCGUUUCCAGCACCCGCGACGACAUCUCGUCACCUGGCGCUCCAAUGACGGUCGUGCAUCCAACCAGUUUGUCUACAUUCUGGUACGGGCGAGAUGGGCAAGCUCUGUACAUGACUCUCGCGGGAGAACAGUUCGAGUUGGAACUUCGCAAUCGGUUCUCUCUCCUCCGACCAAACUCAUAGCCUCAACCAGAAAUUGA